ACCUUGGCUUUCUCCUCCCCUCCCUCUCCAUCCUCCACUGCUGCUUGCCCGCCAUGGCCCCCGGUGCCCUCCUCCCCGAAGACGCUGAGCGCAAUGCCGAGUUCCAGAAAGCCAUGCACGGCAAGUCGGCCGAGGCCCGCAAUGCCUUCCUGUCCAUGCUCAACAAGGACCACGACGCCCACCGCAUCAUCACCGACGAGUACGUCAAUCGCUGGGCCAACGACGACAAACACGCCACGGUCGAGGAAGCCCGUGAGGCCCGCAAGUCGCAGUACAUGAGCCUCGUCAACAACUACUAUGACCUGGUGACGGAUCUCUACGAGGAGGGCUGGGCCCAGUCCUUCCACUUCUGCCGCUUCGCCGUCAACGAGGGUUUCCUGCAGGCUCUCGCUCGCCACGAGCACUACAUGGCGCACAAGCUCAACCUGGACGAGGGCAUGAAGGUUCUCGACGUAGGCUGCGGCGUCGGCCGACCCGCACGCGAGAUCGCUGCCUUUGCCGGCUGCAACGUCGUCGGCCUCAACAACAACGCCUACCAGAUCCAGCGAGCUUCGCGCUACGCUCAGAAGGAGGAUCUCGCCCACCUCGUUUCGUUUGAGCAGGGCGACUUCAUGCACAUGAACUUUCCCGACAACAGCUUCGACGCCGUCUACGCCAUGGAGGCCACGGUGCACGCGCCCACCCUCCAAGGCGUCUACGAGCAGAUCUUCCGAGUGCUUAAGCCAGGUGGACGCUUCGGCGUCUACGAGUGGGUCAUGACGGAUCGCUUCGACGAGACCAACGCCGAACACCGCGCCAUCCGCCUCGGCAUCGAGCGCGGCAACGGCAUUUCGCACAUGCGGCCGCGCACCGAUGCCAUCGCUGCUAUGAAGGCUGCCGGCUUUGUCCUGGAGCUCGAGGAGGACCUCGCUGAGCGUCCCGACCGCCACCCCUGGUACUACCCUAUCUCCGGCGAGUGGCAGUACACGCACACGCUUUGGGAUCUUCUGAGUGUGGUCCGCAUGUCGUGGAUCGGGCGCACGGCUAUGAGCCGCUUCCUCAAGGGGCUGGAGCUGGUGAAACUGGCGCCGCGCGGGACCGCGCAGACGGCUAAUGAGCUGGCCGCGGGUGCCGAUUCGCUCGUCAAGGGCGGGAAGCUGCAUCUUUUCACCCCGAUGUACUUUAUGAUUGGAAAGAAGCCUGAGGCUUGAUCAAAACAAGACGCGGAGACGUAGAACCUAAAAAGACGUUUCGAGGGGGCGAUCAGUCAUCUUGUAGAUGCUUGGAAAUGCUAAGGAAUUGUAAUAUUACUUUGACUUUCUAUCAUCAUCAUCAUCAUCACCUAUUCAUACCAGCUC